UUCCAUCACCACUACUACUACUGCUUACAGCUACUCUCAAUUUCUUCUCUUCCCUAGCUCCCUUUAUUGGCUAACUACGGAGAGAAGAUUAAUUCGAGAAUGGAUUCUGGGAAGGUGGUGAGAAGCAUAAGAUUGGUGUUGGCUUACCUGAAAUGGGGAUGGGAGUUAUUGUUUCACUUGUCCUUCUUCCAUCACCGCCACCACAGCUACUCCUACUCCUACUAUCCGCACGACAGCCAUGAAUCCAACGACGUCGUGUCGGCAACCGCAGAAGAUCUGCGGCAGUCCUCCGAAUGCGCGGUGUGCUUGUCCAAGGUGGAACAAGGGGACGAGAUCCGGGAGCUGCCAUGCCGCCACGUGUUCCACAAAGUCUGUCUCGACAGAUGGUGUCAGUCCUCGUUUACAAGGAGGCAACCCACGUGUCCACUCUGCCGCCGUUCCUUGACUACUACUCCGGCGACCAGCCAAGGAAGCUCCGCUGGGGCGGCGCCGGAAGUGCUUCUGUUCAACUUCGCUCGUUUUGUUUCCUCCGAUCAUGACACCCGGGACACUUGGUGGCUCCGUUAGCUCUAGGCUCUAGCUAUAGGCUGAUGCCUGACUUGUAAAAAUGUAAACCACGAAAUAAUAUGUGGUAAAAAAAGAUAGUAUUUACCUCAUUUCUGCCCAUCAUUCUUAUCACUUUUUUAUUUAUUUUUCGAAGUAUUACAGGAGAAAACUCAUAGCUUCUUUCAGAUUUAAAAGAAUUUUAUCCUAAGUUCCCAAAAAAAAAAAAAAAAACACUAAGUAGAUUAUACAUUUAUGAAAAUCAUGGAUGAUUAAGUGUACGUUUAUAUAAAAAAAAGAUAACAUGAUAUUUUCAGUUUAACUAUUAUUCCAUACAAAUGUUCAGAAGAUAAAAUCAAUAAGCACAAGAAAAGGAAACCAGAUCUGUUACCAUUUUGAAUACUCUAUAAAUAUAAGAAAUGGCCUACAGAUUGACAUAAAUUGCUAGACAAACCUAAAGGUUGUAGGAACUCCUCCCAUCCAAAUUGCAGAUCUUCUUUAAUCGUUUUAAUUUCAUCGAGUGUCUUCGUAAAGACUAUUUAAGUGGCAGAUAAAUAGCUAGUGUCGGGUGAAAUAAGAAAUGUAGUUGUGGAACUCCCCCAAUAUGACUUAUGAGAUUUUCAAGUGAUUUCUAAUUCAGGGAUCAAUACUCGAUAUAAAUUAUGCACUCAAGUAAAAAUAAAUAAGCAUAGUCUAAGUAACACAAAUACAUGAUAUUGUCAAUUUAUUUCUAUCCGUUGACCAUUGAGAUUGUGAGAUUUGAGAUCCAUACGCAUCACAUCAACAAAUAAUUAUAAUUUUCACAUGGUCAUUGAUACAUUAUAUAAAGACCUUCCUUUGGGUCAAUACGUGGGAUAGAACACUAUGACGAUCUAGAUCAAAAGUGUGCAGUUUCUAAUAGCCCUAUUGAGUUUAUAUUAGAACUUUGCUAUUUUGAAUCUGAUAGCUUGUGAUUUAGCUUGCACCUUGAUGAUUAAGACAGAGUAUUCAUGCAAUUGAAUCAUAACAUUGAAAACCUUGUGUGUAGCUUCACCAUAUGGUAGUGCUUUUGACAACUCUAAUAAAAUGUAUCAACCAUGAUAAUAAAAAUCUCUUACCAUCAUGAUAGAUUGUAAUCUCUAACAUUGAAAACCUUGUGUGUAGCUUCACCAUUCCGUAGUGCUUGUUACAACCGUAAUAAAAUGUAUCAACCAUGAUAAUAAAAAUCUCUUACCACCAUGAUAGAUUGUAAUCUCUCAAAUACCAUGACAAAUCAUUUAAACUAUCUAUACGGGUUUUGCCAAAACUGGGGCAAAAAAGAAAAAAAAAACUUGUUAUUAACCCUAGCAACUUGGCAGCAAACGGAUCUAUUUGUUAGAUGCACUCACUGAAUUUAACUUAAAACUAUAAUAAUAUAAACUAUCUAAAGACGUUUUUAUCAAACUUUGACACCUUCAACCGAGACAAAAAAAACAUAUUACUACUAGAGCACUUCUACUAUGCUAUAUAGUAUUGGUACUUAACGUACAAUUUUAGGUUGUACCAUAACAAUAAAUGUACAAGUUUAGG